GGAGCUUGGGGAGGAAGUCCCUACGCCCGCUCAAGUCACGUGGAGGGGUCUGAGCUCGCGUCCCGGAAGCAUGGCACUCUGGCGGGCAUACCAGCGGGCCCUGACUGCUCACCCGUGGAAAGUUCAGGUCUUGACAGCUGGGUCCCUGAUGGGCCUGGGAGACAUUAUCUCGCAGCAGCUGGUGGAGAGGCGAGGUCUGCGGGAACACCAGGCCGGCAGGACCCUGACCAUGGCCUCUCUGGGCUGUGGCUUUGUGGGCCCUGUAGUAGGUGGCUGGUACAAGGUUUUGGAUCGGCUCAUCCCUGGCACUGCCAAGGUCGAUGCACUAAAGAAGAUGUUGUUGGAUCAGGGGGGCUUUGCCCCAUGUUUUCUAGGCUCUUUCCUCCCACUGGUAGGCACACUCAAUGGACUGUCAGUCCAGGACAAUUGGGCCAAGCUACAGCGGGAUUAUCCUGAUGCGCUCAUCACCAACUACUAUCUCUGGCCUGCUGUGCAGUUAGCCAACUUCUACCUGGUCCCCCUUCAUUACAGGUUGGCUGUUGUCCAGUGUGUCGCUGUCAUCUGGAACUCCUACCUGUCCUGGAAGGCACAUCGGCUCUGAGCCUGCCUCACUCCAUAGUUUUCAUCUUGCAGUGAUGCAGAGUGACCCUGGAGUGAAGCAACCUCCUGAGUGGGCACAUCAGUUUUCACGGGGCUUGCUUGCUGGUCAGAACAUAAUGGGGUUAGCUCCAUGAAACUGCCCAUGUCAUGCUGAACUAUAACCUCUUUUUGAAAUCAUUAAACCCUUUAUAAUGGUCUUAUGCCCACCACAUAGUAGGCACCCCAUAAAUAUUUGUUGAACCAUAUGAUCUUGUCACCUUUGGUUUACACCUGUGUCCUGGCCAGUGCCACUCAUCCCCAUUCUUCACAGAAACAGCUCUUUCUCUAACCAGGAAACCCUCAUGUAGCCCCAGCUCUUUAACGACCCCCUCAAACCCUUAAUAUGGUGCCUCUGUAAGUAUAUUACUAAAUACGUAAUCUGGAACCUGCAGAGACAAAGAAUUAAGACCCAGCGGAAAUUUAGUGGGAAGUCAAAAUGUCUAGAGCUGGAAAGUCUAGAGACCACCAAGCCAAACCUUUUACAGAAGACUGAUGUCCACAGAGGUGAGGUGACUGUCCACACCACAGGGAGUGGCAGAGUAGAAACCUGAGCCCAAGUGCUAUAGAUUAAAUGUUGCUCUCUGGUGAGAUACCCCAUCCUCUCAGUUCAUAUGUUGAAAAUGUAAUGCCUAAGGUGAUGGCAUUAGGAAGUGGGGACUUUGGGAGAUGAUUGGGUCAUGAAGGCAGAGCCCUUGUGGGAUUGGUACCUUUGUAAAAGAGGUGCCAGAGAGAUCCCUCACCCCAUCCACCAGGUGAGGGCAUAGUGCAAAGGUGCCAACUAUGAAAGUUAGAGGGCAGAGGGAAGGGGUUGUCUCACUAGAUACCAAAUCUACAGGUGCCAUCAUCUUGGACUUUCCAGCCUCUAGAACUGAUAAAUGUUUGUUUAUAAGCCA